GAUGGAUUCGUUAUUGAUACCGAUUUUGGCAGCGCAAGAAGAAAUCGGUUUACUUCGCCAACACCGGAGAAACCUCCGUUUAUCAUCCGAUCCGAUGGAACUUUCAGAUGAUGCAUUCAUAAAAAGUUUUCGAUUGAAUAAGGAAGCUUUCCGGUACGUUUUGACUGAAAUUCAAGACGAAUUUACUUAUGCUAGAAAAAGCAGUCUAUCCGCAAAGGAGAAGUUGGCAGCGUGUUUGAGAUUUUUUGCUGAAGGAAAUUAUCAGCAUGGAGCGGGACGAGAUUUUCAUGUUUCGAUUGCUCAACCAACAUUUUCAAAAGUACUGGCUGAUAUGCUCGAAAUAUUGGAACGAAAACUUUGCCCAAAGUGGAUAUCCCUGGAAAUGUCUCCAGAAGAACAGUGUCGUGCCAAACUGAAUUUUUAUCGGAAAUCAGGGAUUCCAGGAGUAAUAAUGUGCGUGGAUGGGACACAUAUUCGAAUCAUUCCGCCUGCGCAAGAUCGCAAUUUGUUUUAUAACCGGAAAGGUUUCUACAGCCUUAAUGUUCUUGUUGUAUGUGAUGAUCAACAAAGGAUUCGUUUUGUCGAUCCGAGCUUCCAGGGAUCUAACCACGACUCUCACAUAUGGCGAGUAAGCCCAGCUCGAGCCUAUUUUGAGCGCUGCGCAAAUUAUAAAUGUCUGUUGUGCGCUGCACAAUAUAUGUUUGGAGUUUGGUUGUUAUCAGUAAUUUUUAUGAAAUAA